AUGAAGACUUGGGUAGUCCUAGCUCUCUUGUUUGCAUCAACAUCGACCGCAUCACUUAUGACCGCUUACGAGAACGGAAUUCUCGUCACCCGCCAAGAUUGCCCCCCUGGCUCUGAGAAAUGCCUAUGUAGUAGGCCUGCUGGAUGUGCUAAAUGUGCUUGCACUUGCGAUGACUGCUUACUUCUAUUCAUGGGGGAGGAGAGUACGACUACAACCAAACACAAGAAGACGGAUUCGCCGAAUAAAUCGAAGAGUUAUACGAAGUACGAAGUACGAGAGGAGUUUGGAGGCAAUUCCGAAGAUCAGCCGAACGAGGAUUACAAUAAGAAGGAUUACGAUAACGCCGAUAACCAUUACGACGACGAUUACGGCUACGACGAUGGAUUUAAUGUCGGUUCCUUACUCAUUGAUCUGAUAGUCAUAGCAUUACUUGUUUUGGUAAUGAUGCUGACACGGGUUUGGGCCCCUCGCUUAGCUCUCGGUCAUAUGUUUAAGCCUGCUUUACAUGUGGUUAAGAGCACUCACUUCCCCGUUACACGUCCCCUACGCUCGCUACGCAGUAACCAUGAAUUAUGGCCAGUACUCAAUAUUAAGAGAGAUUUCCUACUGCCCGACGUAGCCGUAGCUGCCGAACAAGCUGACCGUACGGAUAAUCGACUUAAUCGAGUCCUGUCUUCGUUCGAUUCCCCUUUUUCUAAUAGAUUGGAUUCUAAAAAAAUCACGACCUACCUCUCAUACUAA